UAAAGAAAUUGGCAUUAGUGACGAAAAUGAAAAAGGCGAUAAAGAAGCCGGAAUAGAACUUGAUAGUAGUACUGAAAAAAAUAAAAAGAAAGCAUUGAUUCAUAAUCAAAAACUCGCAUAUACAGACGAAGAAAACAAAAAAAGCUCUGGGAUAGUUACAGAAAUAGGAAGUUUAGUUAAUGUAUCUCAAUCUAUAAGCGAUAAUAUUUCUGAUUCUCCUACCCUGCUUACUUUAAAACGUCAGGACUUGCUGAGAAAUUUUUAUAAAAAAGAGGAUUUUCUUGAAGGCAUUGAUAUCAACACGUUGUUGGGUUUGAGUGAUAUGGGUGAUGAUG